AUGGGGAGCCGCCGGGGGGCGCCGCCUGUGGAGCCUGUUGAGGGGAGAAGCGACGGCGGCGACGACGAGGAGGCGGCCGUGGCGUCCGAGCAGGCGGAGCAGGCCCGGCCCUUCUCCAGCCGCCUGCAGGACAGCCGCAGCCUGGACGGGCUGAGCGGCGCGUGUGGAGGCGCCUCAGGGCCCGAGGGCAGCCCCGGGGGCGGCGGGCGGCGCGCCACCAUCUCCAGCCCCUUGGAGCUCGAGGGCACCGUGAGCCGCCAAGGCGACCUGACGCACUUCGUGGCCAACAACCUGCAGCUCAAGAUCCGACUCAGCGGGGGCUCGCCUCAGCCUACUCUGCCUCCGCCUCCAUUGCCCGUCGUCCCCGCGCGGCCUCACCCCGCGUCUCCCACCUCGGCCACCCCCCCGGCCAUCCCCGCCAUCGACCCCGACGUGCUGCGAGACCUGGAGCGACUGAGCCGAGACCUGGGCGGCCGCGUGGACCGGCUGCUGCGCGGCCUGGGCGGCGCGGUGCAGGAGCUGACGGCCCUGAGCGUGGGCUGCAUCCAGACCUACCGCGACGCCGUGGACUCCCUGGGCGAGGCGGUGGACAUGAGCAUCAAGGGCAUGUACACGCUGCUGGCGCGCUGCGAGGAGCUGGAGCGGGCCCUGCAGCCCGUGCAGGGGCUGGCCAGGCAGAUCCGGGACAUCCGACGCGCCCUGGAGGUGUUGGAAGCCCUGUGCAAGUGACCCCAGGGGCAAGACACGGCGCCCACAUACAUACAAACACAUGCACGCGCAUAAUCCUAAAGACUUGAAGGAGACUGGCUGGUCUGGAGCUGCCCGUCGAGGGAAGGCCCAGAAAGCGCUUGCAAAAGCUCUUGCAAGGCGCUUGCCCUUCCUGGGCCUUGUGCAAUUGUCUCUGAGGAUGGCCUAAGAAAGGACUGCUUAUGAUGGGAGGGCUUGACACUCAUUUCUGUUCAUUUAGCCCCCCCCUACUGUAGCGACCUUGUCCCCCCUUGUCCUUCCAGCUCUUUCCCAGCCCAAGCACCAUUCUGGGAACCCAGGGCUUGGAAACUAGUUCUGUAUGUGUCUGACAGAACAAGUUCUUGGCCUUGGAAACUAGUUCUAUAUGUGUCUGAGAGAACAAGUUCUUGGCCUUGGAAACUAGUUCUAUAUGUAGGAGAGAUGCAUUCUAUAUGUCUGAGAGAACAGAAGAGGCCCCAAGCCCAGAUACGGCCGCUCUGAUUUGAGGGGUCACAUUUUAGGCGCUGAGGGCUGUUGAAACUUGAGUUCUCCCUAGGCAAACACCAUGCAGACAAGGUUGCAGACCUGCAGAUGAAUAACUUGCUGCAUCCGU